GGAAAAAAACACUUGUGUUCAAGGCCAGUGCUCUUCAGAACAACAAAUAAGUUCGGCCUCUUGUUGGACCUGAUCAUCUGGUUCUGGAUCCAUCGGCAGCUGCAGAACAUUCCCGACUGACAGCUCAUCUACAUGCGGAAACAUUUCCGGACAACAAAUGAGUAACCCAAUCCCAUCCAACCUAAAGUCAGAGGCUAAGAAGGCUGCCAAAAUCCUCCGCGACUUCACGCAGAUCUCCAACCGGAAUGGACCCGACAAACUCAUCCCAGCGCACGUCAUAGCAAAGGCCGAGGGUCUGGCCAUCAUCUCUGUCAUCAAGGCAGGUUUUAUGAUCACAGCACGUGGUGGCAGUGGAGUCGUCAUCGCCCGUCUGGCUGAUAGGCGAUGGUCAGCGCCGUCAGCCAUUGGCAUUGCUGGACUUGGAGGAGGCUUUGAGAUUGGUGUUGAGGUUUCAGACCUAGUCAUCAUUCUGAACCAGCGUCGAGCUAUUGAGGCAUUCACCAAGGGUGGAAACCUAACUCUUGGUGGGAACUGCACUGUUGCUGUCGGUCCGAUGGGAAGGAAUGUGGAGGCUGAUGUGGCGGUGCGCAGCACUGCUGCUGUCUUCACCUACUGCAGGUCCAGAGGUUUGUUUGCCGGCAUCUCAUUGGAAGGAUCCUACCUGGUGGAACGCAAGGAAACCAACCGCAAGUUUUAUACCCGGGACAUCAGGGCAUCUGGGAUUUUGAACGGAGAUGUGGAGCCACCACCAGAAUGCUACGACCUCUACAAGGUUCUGGACGAGUACACAGCGGCCUAUGUUGCUGACUGGAGUGAAAAGAACAUUCACCCAAAAUCACUACCACCGUCCAGACCGGCAGCUCCCCCUCAAAGACCACCAAGCAGUUACCAGAAGGCCCAACAUGGAAGAAGUAGCUACCAGCAGGCCCCGCCCACGAGCUACCACCAGGCUCCCACAAACUCUGGUGCGGCCGCAGCAGCAGCAGCUGUUUCAUCUGCAAGAAGUAAAAACGCACUUUAUCCCAGCAUCUCUAUUUACAAAUCUGAGACGUCAGAAAACUUUUCCUCGAGGGCUUCGAACUUUGGGGGAGCAGUCGCAUCAGCAGCGUCAGCAUCUGCUGCUGCAGGUGCAGAUGGUGGUCUGCUGGUCGCCACAGCAACACAUGCUUUCACAGGACAGCAGCCCGGUGACCUCAGCUUUGCUCCCGGUGACACUAUCACUGUGAUAACCAAGACAGAAUCUCAGUAUGACUGGUGGGAGGGGCAAACCAGCGAUGGCCAGGUCGGCAUCUUUCCAGCCAAUUUUGUCACUCUCUGAAACCAGCUGGGCCACGCUCUGCUUUCCCUGUUUCCCUGCCCUUCCCUUCCUUGAAUUGGACCUGGGCUUCCUCUACUGAAAAGAUCUGUUCUGCUCCUCUGUCGCCCUCUGCUGGAAAUAUAGUGAACGUCAGCUCCACAAUUCAUCACGGAUUAUCCAAGAUACUUUUAAUUCAAUAGACACGCAGAUAACGUUGUCGGAAUGCAUUUUAUAAGCAUAUAAAUAAACAGUAGGAUUCAAAAUGAGACUAGAAGUGCCUUGUUUUAUUUUUGAUAUGUACUGUCAAGGAAUAAAACCAACUACAAUGUAACGACAAACAUUUCUUUAAUUAAAGACAAAAAA